UGGUGACUGAGCAGUGGUGUGUGACAGUCAGAGAUGGCGGUCCUGGGGUCCCUCGUCCAAGCCUGUGCCGCGGCCUUCCUGAUGCAGAUGGUGGCUGCUCAGGUCUAUGAUACCAGCCUAAAUCUCAACGGGCGGCACAGGGGUCCUCUUGCGUUCGAGGGUUCCCAGGGCCCUGUGUCCAGUGUAUCAGAGGCCCUGCCAAACAGCACCAAUACACAGCUGUACAUCAAAGGCUUCAUAGCUCUGGGCUUCUCAACCAUUGGCUUUGGAUGCUCACUUGUUCCCAUCAAACGUACAGAGACAGGAAAUGGCUUGUUCUUCCAGUGGGUUUUCUGCUCAACCAUGUGGCUUGAGUCUCUCCCUGUGCACUUUCUCCAGGGAAGCUCAGAAACAUGGCUCCUCAGCGUAGUGGCAGGAUGUCUGUAUGGCAUAGGCAACCUCACCAAUGUACCAAUCAUAAACACGAUUGGCCUAGGACUUGGAUUUCUGAUCUGGUCAACAUUUUGUCUCCUGAUGGGCUGGGCCAGUGGCAGAUUCGGUUGGUUUGGACUUGAUCCACAGGAUGUAGCAAGUCCUGUGUUGAAUUACAUUGGAACAGGUCUGGCAACAGUCAGUGUGGUGAUUGUGUUCUUUAUGAAAACGGAGACGAUAGCCAAGGACAAGGAUGAGGAAGCAGAUGAUGUAGAGCCCCUCUUUGAGAAUGAGACUGACAAGGGUCAUGACAGCAAAAUCUUCACUUUAUUAUUGUUGAUUUUCUUCAAUUAG